UGUAUAAAAGGAAAAUACAUCGAUUUAGCAAGUUCAUAAGUUCAGAAAUGGCAUUCAAGAACGAGUCAGUUGUAAUGUUCUAUUUGGUCAUUCUUUUGUUCAGCAGCCCAUGUCUUCUCAUAGUAAAAGGGGAUGACUCUCAAUGCUGGGCCAUAAAUGGUAGAUGUCUAAGUAUGAAUGAAUCUUGUUUCCGUUCUAUAAAGAGAUACUGUGAUGGGGAAGAUAGAAAAUGCUGUCUUUCUGGAGCGGAUUAUAAAUGCUGGUGGGUAGGUGGUACUUGCCAAAAUAUUUCGAACUUCUGCAGAGGCAAUUAUAUGAGCAGACUUUGUGGCGGAGGUGUAUCACGCCAAUGUUGUGUAUAAAUCCGCUGAUAUUCGAAAAUAAAACCAGUAUGACUGUA